GGCGACACAAAUGAGAAAUAAACGUCACGUCCGACGUCGGCGCACAGACCGCCCGGUGAGCGGCUUGGCUUAUACGAGCAGGGGGAGUGCGACCUAAACAUGGCCGCUCGGCAUUCACCGGAGUCCCGGACACAGCAGAAGCAGUCUUCCGCUGCACCCGAUGAGGAGACGGGGCGUUCGCUGGAUGGGGACGGCGACUGCCGGCCGUGCUCGCCGAGUCUUCCCGAUGCUUUCCAGCGGCUCGAUGGAGAAGGCGGCGAUGGACGCCUGUGCUCCGGCGCUGGGAUGCACGGCUGGAGUAACAAUCAAACCGAUAACAGUACCGAGCACCGGGGAAGCGAAACGCCGGCGCGAUCCACCGUGGUGAUAGAUUUAACCGGGUCCGAAGCUGAGGCCCAUGCGCACCCCAUGUUUGAUUGCGACAGUCCCCGAGAUUUUGACGGGUCGGAGGCGGGCGACGAGUUUAAAGUCUACAGGGUAGCAAAGGGGAACGAUGUGCCUGCGAUUGAUCUGACAGACAGAGGAGCAGAAGAGCCAAUGUCUGGCAUGGACCAGACAUUGGCACAAGAAGGGGGAAGGUUAAAAAAAAGCGAAAGCAAGCAGCUUCAUGUGAAGGAAGGCCACAAAAUGGAUGGGAAGAUAUAUGCAAAGCAGCGCAAGAGUAGACUGGUAUGCCGUGAGUGUGGAAAGCGGUUUACUCGUCGGGAGACUUACAACCUUCAUCGGCACUUUCACACACACCAGGACGAGUUGGCUUCCUUGACCUGCAAAGAAUGCGGCGACACCUUCCGACACCGUAGCAGUCUAAUCAAACACCGCAGUGAGCAUAAGAAAAAGGGUGCGGUGGUAAGGCUGGUGAGGAGACCCCACAGUAGGGAAGGGAGGUGUUUGCAGUGUGAGCACUGUGCCGAAACAUUCCUCACGCUGGGGAAGCUGAGGUGCCAUCGAUGCCAGCAGGCCCCCGAGAAACCAUACCGCUGUCCGCUGUGCCGCCGGGAUUUCCAGUAUAGGGUGUCCAUCAAUGCCCACAUGCAGACUCACUCUCUGGAAAAUCCCUUCCGUUGCCUUGAGUGCAACAAGGGCUUCUCAUGUGGCUAUAUGCUCCGCAUCCACCAGCGCUCACAUGCUGCCCUAAAGCCCUUCGAGUGCCCUGAAUGCGGUAUGGUAUUCCGGCACCACUCCGUCAUGGAGGACCACCGGCGCAGACACAAAGUAGACCGGCCCCGACAGUGUCGCAUCUGCGGCAAGCGUUUCAAAUGUGUUAGCCUGUUCCACCAGCACCAGUUCCUGCACACUGGAAAGAAACCAUUUCGCUGUCCCAUGUGCGGAAAGGCCUUUGCCUUCACUCAGAACUGGAGGGCACACUGGAGGCAGCACUGGAAGCACACGCACGAUUGUCCUCGCUGUCCACUCACAUUCCCUGAUUUGGCUGGCCUGCAGACACAUAUAAUGAGCCACGACAGAGAGCAGAGGUCCAGAGUGGGACUCAGAACAAGUAUCAGCAGUACAAACAGUAGUGGUGUCUCGCAACAUUCCCUCGCCUGUCCCCUCUGUCCUCUUAGUUUUUCAGAAUCAGCCAGCCUGAAAACACAUUUAUUGACCCAUGAGGCAAGGGAAGAACAUGGUGGGCGGAGCAUCAACAACAACACCGAGCGCCAAGACCUUGCCCACAGCUGCCAUCAAUGUCCCCUCACCUUUCCCAGUCUGUCAAGCCUACAGAUGCACUUGGUGAGUCAUGGGACAGCAUCAAAACAGGGAUUGGCUGUGUUGGAGAGGGUGAGCACAAACAAUGGGGAGGAUAUGUCAUUGCUGGGCUGGCCAGAUCUGUUGAAUCGAAAGAUGCUGAAGUGCACUGAAUGUGGCAAGACCUUCCGCCACAGAUCGGUGCUGGAACUCCACAUGCGCAUCCACUCCAAGGAUAAACCUUUCCAGUGUAGGGUGUGUGGCAAGGGUUUUAAGUUCAGCAGCUACCUGCAGCAGCAUCUAAUCAUCCACACCGGGCAGAAGCCUUUUAAAUGUCCUGAUUGUGGCAAGGACUUUGCCUUCCUCCAGAACAUGAAAACUCACCAAAGGCUGCAUCAGCAGAAGCCGUACCGCUGCACUCAGUGCCGCAAGGGCUACAGCGAAGAGGCUGAGCUACAGCGGCACAUGCUCUCCCACACUGGCGACAAACCUCACAAGUGCCAGCUCUGUGACAAGAGCUUUGGGUUAGCAUAUUUGCUGCGGGACCACUUGAACACCCACACUGGGGAGAGGCCCCAUCGCUGUACAGAAUGCCACAAGUCUUUUCCCUGGUUAAGCAGCUUACUGGUGCACCAAAAGAUCCAUGCUCGCAAACGUCAAGGACUCAACCAGUCGCUUUCUAUGUCCUUGGCACCUCAGAGAGGAAGAGGGAGGGGCAGAGGGACUAGGGGCAGAAGAGGGAGCAGGUGGACUUCAGGCUGGCCCCGGUGGGCAGGAGGGGAGGGCACUGAAAUGCCUGAUCACCUGGCAACAUAUCCAGGUCGGCUGCCUGUAGGACAGGAAUGGCUAGAAAAAGCAUCCCAUCACACUUCGCCAACAUUUUUUGAACCCCAGUGGCAGCAGCAGCCGCAAUGGCAGUCAGAAGUGGGAGGGAGGCCAGUUGUCACCCAACAGCUGCCGUCAGGCUGGAUCAGUUCACCUCCAUCAAGCCAAGGCAAUCAAGUUGCAGUUCAGUACAGUGAGACCCAUUCCCAUCAGCCAGAUGGAGCUUCUGUAUGGGGAACCCAGGCACUUCCAUCACAGAAGCCAGUUCCCCUGGACCAACCUGGGGAGGAACUGAAGCAACAGAAAGAGUUGCAGCAGCAGCAACAGGCUUUGAGUUGGACUAGUCAACCACCAUCUACACCAGGCCAAACCACAGUCCAGUAUGAGGAAGCCCAUCCUCGAUGCAGUGAAGGAACUACUGUGUGGGAAUUCAGCACUCCUCCUACAGUACCAGAGAAUUCAUCAGAAAAACCUGGGCAAAGCCAGCAACAACUCAUGGGCUGGUCAGUUAGUUCCACUCCCACAGCUGUGAGCCAGCCUGCAGUUCAGCGUGAGGACCCCCAUAAGGUUAAAGACAUGUCUACAUGGAGCUUACAGGCAAAGUCUGCUCAACUCCAAACUCUUAGCUCGUCAGACAGUUCGGAGGUUAGCCAAAAGCAGCAACAGCCUUUCAGUUGGAUUGGUACACCAAUGUCAGCAUCAGGGAGCAAAACUGCAGCGUGUUAUCAGGAUUGUCAGCCUCACUGUGGGGAUGGCAUUGCAACCUGGGGGCUCCAAACAUCACCAGUUGUGUCCUGUGCCCAAAGUCUACUGGAAAAAUCUGCAAACAAAGGGCAGCAGCAGCAUCUAGUAGCAAAAGACUACCAAGUUACUCCUAAACCAGCCACCCCCUUCCCCUCUGCCCCCCCUCAGAUUGCCUUCUCCCUCCAGUCUUGUUAUUCGGAUGCGUUCAGCUCGUGCAUGCAGCCUCAAAAUAGCUACCUCACCCAGAAGACUGCGCUCUCUGAGAAGCAUGCAGGUCCCCGGACUUUACCUACAGUGCAGCGAUCUGAACUCCAUGAUCCUCAUGGAAUCCACCCUCCCAACUCUUUGCCAUUUUCCCCAAACCGCCUUCUCCAGUGCAUGAUCUGUGGACGUACUUUACCACGGGAAUUAGACUUGCACAUCCACUAUAUGCAACAUGCACAGGGAGAGUUUUGACAGCAUAUACAGAGAAGACCUAAACUCUACUGAAUGAUACAUAAGCUGGGUUGCCACAUAGGCUGCACUUGCCAAUAAUUUGUUCAAGGCAUUUUUUUAACCUAAAAAGUAAUUUACAGGUAUUUAAAAAAUACUGCAAAGAUAUCAGUCAUGUCCAGUGUUCAUUUAACUUUUCAUUGCUGAAUAGAAGAUGCGUCUUAAUCUGACACACAGAUAAUUAAAUGACUACCUGGGACAGAAGCUGUCUGAUAAACUAAACUGUUUCAGAAUCUCAUACAGUACAUGCUGAACUUUUGGCACACAAACCUUUUUGAUAUGGUGGUAUAUGAAUGGUUUCAGUUAUGGACAUACAAGUAGAAAUUGAGAUGCAUUUGUAUAAUUCAGUGUUGAUUUAUGAUAAAUGCUUAAAAUAAAAGCUUUGUUUUACGUUCUCAAAUAUAGCUGAAAGUCCUUUCUGUCAGUGUGUCAGUUGUGUUUUAUAAAGCAAUGUUUCUCAAACCAGUCUCUGGGAACCCCCAGAUGGUCCAUGUUUUUGCUGUCUCCCAAUUCCCUUGAGGUUGGAAGGAAGCAAAAAUGUAGACCAUCUGGGGUUUCCCGUGGGCUGGUUUGGGAUACACUGUUAUGAAGUGUUUGACACCACAGGUAUUAGUGUUUUCCUUAAUACCAUGUUUGGAUGUCUUGAUCUUUCUGUUGAACAUUGUUUUUGGUCUAAUGAUCUAUUUAAAAUUCUUUACUUUUAUGUGA